AUGGUGUCAUUUGUGAAAUUAAUGCAAAUUAUUUCUAAUUGCACAUCAUUAGUAUCUAUAUAUAUUGAAAGGGCAGUGUUAGGUUUAUCAGUUCUGAAUUUACUCUGCUGGAGUCCUUACCUUCUCUUAAUUUUAAACAUAUUUGAAAAAAUGGUUGGUGACGUGUUAUUUUACAGUGUUGCACUAGCAUCGAUUAUUGGAUUAUCGUCAGCUUAUACAAUAUCAUUCAGAAGACCAUGCAGAGACCUAUCACCAGAAUGUUUAAGGAAAACAGUGCAGGCAGCCUUACCGACCAUUGCUGAUGGAAUCCCUGACUUAGGCAUCGAGUCUUUGGAUCCCUACGAACUGAAGAAGCUACAACUGAAACUACCUGGUGGUCUCAACAUAGCCUUUAGCAAUGGGUACGCUAAAGGAUUGAAGACAUGCAAUGUGGAUUAUGCAAGCUAUGGAGGAGGUUUACUUGAGACUCAGGUACAUUGUAAUCUGACUAUCAAAGGAAAGUACAGAUCUUCUGGAAGACUUCUAUUGUUCCCCAUAAAUGGAGAUGGAGAUUCCGUUAUUAAGUGCAGAAACCUUAAACUGCAUAGUCUUUUGCAACUGGGGUCAGUUGUAAGGUCAGACGGACGUCGGUACUUCGAUAUCAAGGAUUCCAGAAUCGAACACGGUUAUGAUGGCAGAGUCAAGUACAGCAUGACGAACCUGUUCAAGGGAAGCCCCGAAAUGAGUAACGCUGUCCUCGACUUCAUGAAUAACAACUGGAAAAUGGUGGCUGAAGAAUUUGGAACUCCUAUGGUAGAAUUCGGCGUCCAAUCAAUAAUGAAAAAUGUAAAACGACUUUUUGACGCACUACCCAUAGAUGAUCUUGAAAAAUUGUAA